CACUUAAGUGUCCUCAGAGUACACUUCUUUUUUUCCUUCUAUUUUGAUCCUUUUCUGCAAUGCCUCCUCCAUCGGCUGAGUCCAAAGAGGAUGAUUUGUAUGAGAGAAUCGAAAGCUUUGUUUCUUUCCUCAAGCAAGGGUGAGUGGCGCCUACAAAACUUAUUCUUGAGUAUUUUCUCGAGAGAUGCAAAAAAGGGCCAGUGUUACAGCUGGUGUUAUGGUGUAAUGUUUUAUCCCAGAAAAUUGUAAUUAUUUAGUCUAGGAAUGCUAAAACGUGACCCCAUGUAUUUACGUAUUGAAACAAUGAGCCAUGCUAUUUAGAGUUGAAAUUACGAGAAAAGUUUUGUUGGCAAAGGAAUAUUAUUUUUGAAUUUUGGCCUUUUUCCCUUUAUUUUAGAGAGCUUCACGGGUCAUAUGCUAUAGCAACACAGACAUUGCAGUUGUUGCGAAGAAUUGUUUCACAGACACGCUGGAGCACUGCAGGGUAAUUCAUUGUACAGCUACAUUUGUAUUUGAAAGUUGUGUCCGGGUGUUAUAUGCACCUAUUAAUGUCUAAUACAUGUGUACCCAUGGGAUAGGGGGGUUGGGACCACAGGCUUUUAAAAGGUGGGGACGUCCCAGACCGUAAAGGGUGUAGCCAAUCCCUCCUUCACAGAUACCUCUUUAUGUCGUAGGAAGGCUGGGGAGAUGCGCAUCUGCAGAGUAUGGCAGAACUCAACGAGGUCUCCCGCUUGCAAGGUCGUUUUUAGGCCCUUAUUUCUUAUGUAUUAUUAAAAACUCACGCAUGCACCUGCCAUACUCUGCAGACUGGGGGAGAUGGAAAAAGAAGGAUUUUCAUUGGGAUACCCUGUGGGAGCCUAUGCAGAGGAGAGAGACAUAGACAAAAGUAAGACCAAUUUUGGCAACCUUCAAACAAGCUGUUGGCCCCAGGGUGGGGAAGUUUGGAUAAACCUGAAAACUGAAACAAAUUAAUGUCAAUUCAAGAGUGUACCUUGCUUCAGGUACUUGUUAUGCCGAAAGCUCUGCAUCUCUGCACUUUUACUGACCAUGCUGUGCUUUUUGGUUGUCCAAGACAGAAUAUAAAUCAUAGCUUAGAGAAGUUAAAGGUGAUUUACUUAAAGCAUUUUUCUGUUUAUGCAAGAAUUAACUAUCAAUUUAAGACAAGUGAAAUGAAAAAUUAGAGAAGUUGUGGAGCAAACAGUUCAAGCCUUAAAGUCCUGUUAGAAUGGACUGGGAAUGUGCAUUUUUGUACAAUCUGUGAAAUAAUAUUACACUCCUGGUACAGACAGGUAGUCCUUGAAAAGUCUGUAAAGAAUGGUUGCAAUUUUUUGUAUGAACCCUGCGUAAGUCACAUAGCUUAACUUUUUAUGUUUUGGGGUCAUUCUAUUCAAUCACCCUCCCUACCUGGUUGGGUCUUUGGACCCCCACCCCCCUCGUUAAAAAGGGAACCAAUCUCCUAACCCACAGAAGAUUAUUCUUUUUUUGUCCUCAUAUGAGAUAUAUUAUUGCUUUUUUUUCCCCAGGGAACUCAUGCAGUGUGUGAGAACAGAAGGAAAGAAAAUGGCAAGUGCACAGCCAACAGGUAAUAAAUUAUUUUCACUGAUUUUGCUUAGUUUUUUUUCAUUCUGCUCUCUGCUUCACUUUAUCACUCAGCAUCCGUUUUUGGGCUAUACAUAUGCUAUUACUAAAAUUGUGAUAUUUUAAUUAUCUGUUAUGAUUUUUAUACCUAGUACCACUGUAUUCUGUUUUAACUGAAGGUACAUCGUAAACUCUCAUUUUUUAGAUUCUGUUGUUGGAAAUAUGGUGCGGAGAGGUAAGUACCAGUAACCAGGAAAUGUUUGACAAAAAGAAAAAAAAUGGUGUCAAGACUCUUGUAAUUACCAUAAUUAUUAUAAUAGGUGUUUCUUGGUGUCAUGGGAACUAAUGUUGGUUAGCUAUUGUUUAGUGGGGUUGGUAUAUAUUGUCCACUGUCUUUUCAGUCUUUUUUUGUUCCAUAAUAUUAUUUUGGUGAUGGUACCCAUCCACAACACCAACUGAAGAAACUACAGUGUACAUUGCUGAAUAUUAAUUAUUUUUGUUGCUAAUAACUUUUAUAACAAAAAUGGCUAACUUGAGUAAUCCAUGAAUUUGUAUUAUUUAUUGCUGUUAGCUGUUGUUUACUGUACAUUUCAUUGUGGCUUUGCAUGUACUGUAUCAAGAAUAGUCAUGUCUGGAUGCCAUUUUCUACAUGUAAUUGCUCUCAUUAUAUUUUCUUUCUGUAAAGCUCUGAAGAUUAUCAGAGAGGAAUAUGCUGGGUAAGAGAUUAUUACAAAGUACAAAAAAUGCUUUUUAUUAAAAUUCAUCCACUGUACAUUAUAUUUUCAUCUGAUUCGUUAAAUUAUAAGCAAAAUGGAACUAAAGAAAACAUUGUAUUUCAGGUCUGUUAGUGGGAAAACUGAAGAGGGAGAAACUGAAGAAUCUUUACAUGUAAGUUUUCAGACCAAUGCAUAUCAUAAAAAAUGACACUCAAUCAUUAUAUUUUCUCCAGAAGAGUACACUCAACACAGAGUACAUGCAUGUACGUUGUACCCUUCUUACAGUAUUAUUUGCAGUCAUGAUAAGAAAAUAGUGGAAGGGCCGGGUCUCUCUUUGGGAAAAAUAAAUAUGCGGUAAAGCCACUUUCAUUGACAGUAAUUAAUUUUGUUGUGGCUCAUGAUUUAAUGGCUCUUGGUUCAGUGAAGUAGCUUCCUUGUUUAGUUAUCAGAGUGUACUUUCCUUUUCAGAAACUCCUGAUGGCUGGAGGACCUUCCACUAGUGAUUUUAAUAAACCAACUCAUGGACUAAAGGUAUUAUUGUUAUGGUGUGCCGUUUACAAUGUAUGUGAAGAUUUUUAGAUAUUUAACAGAGUGUUUUCGUUGCAGGCCACAGUUAUUGAUGCACUAAAUGAACUUUUAACAGAACUGGAAUCAAGGUGUGACAUUUUAUGUAUUUUGGUGCACAAGUUAUGUGCAAUUUUUCUUUGUCUUAGUGAAGGUAUAGCUGUAGUGUUGAGUUUUGGUACCAAUACGUUAACAGGAAAAAAAAGAAAAGUCAUUGAAAGGAUAGAACAAUGGUAUAAAUUAAUUGUACAGUACAGACACUCAACCCAGGACACUUGAGAGAAGAUUGUAUUAUUACAUCACAAAAGAUUCUCAAGUUUUUUUUGCAAACAAACCAAUAACAUUCAUGAAUUUGAGGGCUGUUUCCUGAGAGGUCAGGUAAGUUCAAAGGGUUUUAUAGUGUUCAAUGGUUGCAUAGUUGAAUACCUGAAUUUUAUUGGUCCCGUUGCAAAAAGAAAAAAAAACGUGAGAGUCUUUUGUUUUCAGCAAAUGUUGCGAGUUGACAAUCUUCUUCCAAAUGUGCCAGUUUAAGUGUCCUCCUUGUAAAAAAACUGCCUGCUCCACAUUGCCAUUUUAUGUGUAGGGAUUUAAAUGGGAUCAUUGACAUAAUGUUUGGUUGGCCCAGGACGGAUUUCACCACAGACUUACAGGGCACUUCAGUGACAGCCAUACCCUGCAUUUGUUUUGUAAUGAUUUUGCUGUUUCCCCUUUUUAGUGCCUAUAACAUUGCCACCCAAGCACUGGAACAUAUUCAUUCUAACGAGGUUAUAAUGACCAUCGGCAAAUCAAGAACUGUGGAAGAGUUUCUCAAGGUGUGCAGUGAAUAAUAUUAAAUGUAAUAUGAUAAAGUCAGAAACUGAGAAUUCAGGAAGUACAGUGUACAUUGUAUGUUGGUUUAUUACCCUUUGGUCAAUGCACAUUUCAUGUAUUUGGUACACUGUAGAUGUACCUGUUAUGAUUUCUAAGGUGACUUUAUCUUCUUUUUUUCCUUUCUUCCUUUUUCUUUUUCUUUCUUUUUACUUUUUUUUUUUUCAAGAAUGCUGCAAGGAAGCGUAAAUUUAGUGUCAUUGUGGCAGAAGGAGCUCCAUUUUACAAGGUUUGGAACUAUAAAAAUGUUUAAGCGUAACUGCAUGCAUGGAGUUGUUCCACCUAGACUGACUUAUAGUAAGAUAAUUCUCCUUUUAACUUUUGAAUUUAAAGUAUUACCAUUCUAGUUAAACCUCCUUGACAGAACUUUUGCGUAGUAGUACAUUGUAUUUUUUUGUCCUCAGGAUUUUAUUAGAAGAAAAUAAUUUAAAAUUAUUUUCUUGUUGGUGAAUUUUCAAGUCAGCCACUGCUAGAACUAGGAGUAAAAGUGUUAAUAGUAAGAGUCUUUAUUCACAAAGAAUAGAGUCACAACUUAUGUGUGGCUUUACAAAAUAUGGUUGUAUUAACUAGUUAUUAAAAAUCAAAUCAAUUAGACAAAUUGAAAGACAUCAAUUAAUAAAAGGUCUUUUAAAACGUUCCAUUUUGACUGCUGGUAAAGUAAAAGUAUGCCCUCAAUCUCGCAAAGAUCUCUGUCUUCCUGAGGGCAGCAGCUGCAAUGGAGAUGCAAUAAGCACUAGAUUCCCAUCACUCUUCUAUUUAUGGUCCCCUCAAUGUGUACCCUAACUCAGUUUCUGCCUUUCUUUUUUAGGGUCAAGACCUUGCUAAGAGUUUAGCCCAGCAAGGGAUUGAAACCACUCUCAUAACUGAUUCAGCAGUGUUUGCAAUCAUGUCAAGAGUAAAUAAGGUAAAUUAUUGCUAAAUUAGAGAUACAGCUAGUCUUUGAGAUCUACAGUCGAACCUCGUGGAGGUACAAUGUAGUACUGAACGCUGUUACAGUGUAGGUGCUCCUGCUUCAUGCUACAGAAACCAGUUUGACCUCUGGUCGUGUGGAAUUCCAUGUAGACAUAUGCCUUUAUCUUGUCACAAGCAUGGUAUGAGGAAAAUAAUGUUUUUUUGUUAUUGUUGUUGUUUGCUGUAGGUUAUUAUUGGUACAAAUGCUGUGAUGGCAGAUGGAGGGUAGGUUAUUGAUAUAUUGCCCACAAAAAGACGAGAAAAUAGUAAUAAAUGAAUAGAGCAUACUUGUGAGACAACGAAAGAAGUAACAAACUAAAAAUGGAAGUGGUGAUAUCUGUGGAGAGGGUACCCGGAGAAAAACCUCUCGGAACAAAGAAGAGAACCAUCAACCAAGUCAACCCACUUACUUGUGUGGCAUCGACACGCUUUACGGUCAUUUCGCUCCCAAGUCAUUUCGCCCCGUUUACUUAGCCCCCUAUGUGUUUAGAACAAGGACUAUAACAUUUGAAGCGCGCUUGUUUCGCUUUAUGGCUAUAGAACGAGGAAUAUUUUGAAGCGCGCUUGUUUUGCUUUAUGGCUUAUAGAACGAGGAAUAUUACGUUUGAAGCGCUCUAAAUGACUCAAAAAUACGGGGUUUUAACCGGGGCGAAAUGACAUAAACCAAGGCCUCUUUGUGGGAUGUGGACGAGUGCUCUCUUCACUGCACCCCUGUUGUCCGGUCCCCCUAACUCUUGUGCUUUUCUGACCCUUUGAUCCCUUCCUCUUACGUGAUUACUCCCUCAGAUUGCGGUCAAUUGUUGGUUCACACGCUUUAGCAUUGGCUGCUAAACACCACUCAGUACCGGUAAGUCCGGCUAUAAAGCAAGUACAAUUGUACACUGUAAUUAACCUGAAUAUUUGUCCUUUAGUUUUCUCUUGGUAUUUUCAAUGGUUCGAGACUGAUGCGAGAGCUCUACCUGCAGGCAAACAAAUACACGCACAGGCUGUAAAAUGAACGAGACGUAACGCUAUUGGCCAAGCGUAAGGUCAAGAUAACUGUGUUACCGAACAGAGCGUUGGGUAUAAGUCAAUAGUAUACGUCUGAUUUGAUAUCCUUCACCGAAUUUAAAGCUACCUUUCCUAGUGAAAUAGUUCCGCUGCGUACUGUGAAGUAUAAUUUUGCUUGAUAUGCAGCGCCAUUAAUUUUUGGACAUUGAAUACAUCUUGUCCUGGAACCUGGUUUUGUCUAACUAUUCAUUAAUCGAUCAAUCUGUCAGAAGGACUAAUUGCCGUGAUUACUAUACUUACGACUGUUAUUUAUAAGUUAAUACUAAGAAUCAACUGAUGUCCUAUGGACAAGAGUUUUUACAGUACUUUUCCUAACAGUAUACAUUGUAAAUGAUACAGGCCGGCGAACAUGUACAUCAUGCACGAGGACGAGUAUUUCACAGAUCUUCCAGCACCAAGUCCUGAAAUUGUAACGACUUUUUUUCCCCUUGUUUUCCCCAGUUGAUCGUGUGUGCCGCUAUGUACAAACUUACUCCGCAGUAUAUUGUGUCUUACGAUCAGGUAAAAGUCAUUACAUUUUUGCCGACAUACAUAACAAGCUGCAUGUGAGUAUACUAAGGCUAAGAGCAUUGUUCUUCUGUUUACCACUGUAACAAGAUUUCUAAUAUUUAUAUAUACAAAUUAAGACGAAGUCGAAGUUUCAUCUCAUUAUUAAUUCAUGUUGUAGGACAGUUGCAACAAGUUCGUUGUUCCACAUGAUGUUGUGAAUUUCUCUGAAGGUAAGACACGAGUUGAACCCUUUUAGGCCUUAAUGUCAGCAUGCAUAUUCUCCUUACUGUUCUCCUUGCAUUUCUUGUGCUACGGACGAUGGAAGGUUGCUUGAAGACCAAACCCUGUUCAAGUCGUAGAAAAACCUCGUUUCUCUCACGACCUUGCGAACACUGUUACUUCAACACGAAAUUACAGUUUAAAUGUUGCCAUUUGAGCAUUUCUCUUACAGGAGGAAUCCUAUCCAAGAUAGAUGUCCAUAAUCCUGUGUUUGACUACAUCCCUCCAGAUUUAGUGAAUCUCUGCAUUUCAAACAUGUGAGUAUGUUUUGUAGGUGUCGCUUCUUCCCACCGUACAGGCAAAAAUUUUAAUUUCAGUGGGACUGGCCCUUUGUUCACCCUAUUCCCCUCUGGAGGGCCUGCCUAUGGGCUAACCACGCACUAUGCCCUAGCCCCACUCAUAUCUCCUCACCUUUUUUCGCCUCCUUUUCACAGAUAUCUAAAUCGGCUCUGCUACUAGCAGCCCAAUAAUAAUGCGCUGCUGCGAUCGAUUUAAACGAGCUGCGUUAGCAACAGAGCGCAUGCCUCGAAAGACACCCUUUCUUUUGGCCAUUCAACAGCCAUGAUAACUCAGUCAACUCAAUUUAAGGAAGGCUAAAGCGAUCUGAGAAGUAACCGUUCUUGGCUCACUCACUGUUAACAGCUAAGUCUAGUUCGAUUGUGUUUUCUUAAUUUCCAGUGGAGGCUAUUCACCUUCGUACGUUUACCGGCUUGUAAGUGAAUUAUACCACGCAGAUGACUACUAUUUAUAAUAAA